AUGAAGCUCCAAUCUAUUAUUCUAUCUCUAAUUAUCAGUUUGACUUUCGUAAUUUAUGCUCAAGCUCAAAAGUUUUGCACCGUUUUUUACGAAGGUACCUAUAGACAUCAAACGGGUGGUGCGACUGGGUGCUACGGUGUUGACGAAACCGACCCUAUAUAUAAAGUUUACAGUGAUAAUCCUAAAGCUUGCUACACUUUCUAUUCUGCCUAUAACUGCGUACGGGGAACUGAAGUUUUUAGUGGCUGUGGUCCCAUCAAUCCGCCUGGUUUUUCAGUCAAAUCAGUCUACUUAGACUGUUCUCCCCCACAGCCACAAUAA